AUGAACAAUUCCAACGAUGAAGGCCUCGUGCUGGACGAGAUGCAUCCCAGACCAGCAGAAGUCCCCGAGAUCGAGCAGCCCGCUCUCCCUCCAGCAGACGGAGGGAAAGCCGCAUGGCUGAUGCUAGCUUCAUGCUGCUUCAUCCAGCUACCAGUCUGGGGGUUCUCCACCGUUUUCGGCGUCUUCCAAGAAUACCACUUAACACACGACGUCCUAAAGGGGAGCAAGAGUGACCUAGCGACUGUUGGAACUACUUCGACCGGACUGCUCUAUCUUCUCUCGCCUAUCACUUUUACGCUUUUAACGAGAUACCCGCGUCUGCAGUAUUAUUGUGCACCCACGGGCUUGGUCAUCACCGUGCUGGGAUCUCUGUUGUCCUCGUUCGCGGUGCGCGUGUGGCAGUUGAUCGCUACACAGGGUGUCCUGUGUGCCAUCGGCAAUGGGCUCUUGUUCAGUCCGUCUUCCUUGUACCUUGAUCAAUGGUUCUUGCGCAGGAAAGGCCUUGCGCUUGGGACUAUGUGGGCGGCGAAGAGUAUUACAGGUGUUGUUUUGCCUUUCGUUGCUAGUGCUUGUCUAAAUAGGUUUGGCUCGAGUACUACGCUAAAGGCUUGGACUGUCGUCACGUUGUUAACCACCCUCGUUGCCUUGCCAUUCAUGAAACCCCGUAUUCCAAUAUCGCCAUCUGCUUCAGCCCGUCGCUUGGAUCUGAGCUUCCUCACACAAACCACUUUCUGGAUGCUGCAAACGGGCAAUAUCAUCCAGAGUUUUGGAUAUUUCUUGCCGACGACAUUCCUCCCUUCUUAUUCGACAAGGACGGUCGGGCUAUCCCAGAACACCGGUACAAUGCUGGUCUCGUUGUUCAACGCAACGUCUAUCGUUGGCGGGAUAGCCCUGGGAGCACUCUGUGACCGCUUCUCCGUCACAAACAUCAUGCUGCUGUCCUCGGUUGGCUCAGCGUUGUCAGUUGUUCUCUUCUGGGGUCUGGCAUCGUCGGCUGGCUCGGACUCGUCGCAGACAGCUAUUGCCCUUCUAACUGUCUUUUCCAUCACGUAUGGCUUCUUUGCCGGUGGGUUCAGCUCCACCUGGUCUGGGGUUAUUACUCAGAUCAAGCGUGACUCGGCGCCAUCCCUGGAUACCGGGCUUGUCUUUGGUCUUCUUGCUGGUGGACGGGGUAUUGGAAAUGUUAUCAGUGGACCGUUGAGUACGGUGCUGAUUCAAUCUGGGUCUUUGGGAGAGAGUGGUCUGAAGGGCAAUACUGGGUUUGAAUCCCAGUAUGGAACGCUUAUCCUUUUCACUGGCAUCACGGCCUUUUUCGGUGCAUGGAGCUGGAUGUGGCGGUAUAUCAGCCCUGCACUGCGGUGUCUCUGUUGA